UUUACACAACACCUCGUGACGUCACCUAAUGUUUUGACGUUUGAGGUUAGGUUAGGUCGUAAUGGCUAGAGAUGAUAAGCUUUUUUUCCACAAAACUGUGCAACAUUUAGCCAGAUCUCUAGCCUGCAUUAAAAACACACCAUGGGAUAAGGUGAAGACCUUGUACGACCUGUGCCCCAUUGAGACAACCAACGGCACUGUCUCGUUAAACAGUCGGCAGCAAGAUGCCGUUAUCGCCCUCGGGAUCUACUUCCUGGAAUCGGGACUCGAGCACAAGGACACGAUUUUGCCCUAUUUACUCAAGCUGGCAAAAGCGCUUGGGAAAGCCACUUGGUUGGACGAAAUUAAGCAGAAUCCGAGCGAUAGGAUUCCCGUGGCUGAAAAGUUCAGUUUUUGUCUCCACACCCUUCUGUGUGACAUCGCAGUGAAAUGUGAAGAUUCCCGGGAAGAAAUCAUCGAAACACAAGUCGAUUGUUUGGUGAAACUCACCAACAGUAUCCUCAAAACUCGCGAAAAUACAAACAGUGCAGUCAAACUCUUCCUGUGUAAAACCACAGUCCCUGUUUUAAUUGGCCUGUCUCGGGCAAUGGGGCGCUUCUGCAACACUGAGCCCCCUUUAAUCUGCCGCCUGUUCCCCAAACCGGAGCCCCCUUUAUCCCCAGUCACCUCCAACCCCGACUAUAAGCGCAGUUUUAGCAAUUUCCGCUCAAUCAUUCCGAGAAGUCUGUCCGGUAAUUUGGCUGCAACUGUUGAUAUUUUGGCAAUAACUCAAGGGUACGACACUACAGAUGUUGCAUAUAGUUCUGCCAGUCUUAAAAGGGGCUCACUUAUCAAUCAAAAUUUCGUCAAUUAUGAUCCUGCAACUUAUUUUUUCUCGAAAUUCGGGUCCAGUUUUAAUCAGUUUCCGCAUUUACGUGUCAAUGAUCCGAAUGAUAAGAAGGGACAGAUUAUUUUUCCCUUGCAACAUUUGCAAACGAUACUUUCGUUGGCGAAAAAACUGCUCACGAAAGAUAUGUUGAGUUUUUUGGAUGAGCAAAGUUUGGAGGUUUAUACGACGGGGAAGAUUGUUAUUUUUCCGUAUAAAACCUUCUCGGAGACGAUUAAUUUGGUUAUGGUGACUUUGAUGAGGGAGUUGCUUCAGCCGCAGAAGAGUCUCCCGGUUGCGUUCACGAAGGAUGUGCAAGAAUUCGUUAAAGGGUUGUACUUAAACGGCCAGACGGAACUUCAGAGUCGCAACCACGACGCUAGUGAGAAAGAAGACCGUGAAAGUAAUUUUGCCCUCGUUAAUAAAUUCAAAGUUAACGUGAUGGCAAACGCCGCCUGUGUUGAUCUUCUAGUCUGGGCAAUAGGGGACGAAACAGUCGAUAAUGAGUAUAACUUGCCGACAUUGAUAGGGUUUUUAAACACGGUGUUAGGUGCCGAUAGUCUUUGUGGCCGUCUUACCGAAAAAAUCAACUCAAAUCACGGCUACAAACUCGUCUUAGCCCACAUGCCCCUCGUUAUGGUGUGUCUUGAAGGCUUGGGCACUUUAGCCCAAAAAUUCCCCAACAUUGCCUCCACUUCCAUUUACUGUCUUCGAGAUUUCCUCAUCACUCCUUCACCCAUCCUUUCCAAACUCCACCGACAAGCGAACGAAAAAGGAAACAAGGAAAAUUUAAAAAUCAUUGCCCACGUUAACGGCCUUAAGGCCGAAACCACUAAACCACACAACCCAACUCAAUCCGCAUUUGAGAAACUACGAGACGCUGCUAUUGAAAAUCUAUGUUAUGCUCUUGAGGCUGCACACACUACUGAUGCCGACUGUGUGAGGGCGCUAGUGGCGUCCGUUUCAAAUCGGUUGUUUCGCGCUGAAAAAAGUGACAGUGAAUCGACUCUCAUCUCUACUAAUAUUGUUAUAAUGUUGGGUCAUGUGGCCGUUUCGAUGAAAGGCACCCCAAAGACAACGGAUACGAUUUUGCAGUUUUUCCAACAGAGAUUUUGUCGAGUGCCUUCGGCACUUGAUACACUUAUUGUUGACCAGUUGGGUUGUAUGAUUAUCGCACAGUGUGAACCGCAUGUUUACGAAGUUGUAAUGAAGAUGUUUACGAUGAUUACGGUGGAGAGUAGCAAUGCGGCGUAUGGGAAUCCCACCAAUGAGAAGGCACAGUAUAGGCACGUUUCUCGCCCUGUGAUCAACGCAUUGGCCAACAUCGCCGCCAAUAUACAAAGCGAAUCCCAAAUGAACGAACUAUUAGGCCGCCUGCUCGAACUCUUCGUGCAAUUGGGCCUCGAGGGCAAACGCGCAAGCGAAAAAUCCCCAGGCGCCCUAAAAGCGUCAAGUUCAGCCGGUAAUUUAGGAGUUUUAAUCCCUGUAAUUGCCGUUCUUCUACGCCGACUACCACCCAUCAAAAAUCCCAAACCUCGGAUUCAUAAAUUGUUCCGCGAUUUUUGGCUCUAUUGUGUUAUUAUGGGAUUUACAGCGUCUGAUUCGGGAUUAUGGCCGAAAGAAUGGUACGAAGGAGUGAAAGAAAUCGCAGUUAAAAGCCCAGCGUUAGUUUCACCAACUUCCAGUCGCUCGGAAAUGCGCGAAUUGCAAUACACGAGCGCCGUUCGAAACGAUAGUGUUUCAAUAACCGAACUACAAGAAUUGAAGAAUCAAAUUCUAGAAUUGUUGAAACAACCGGCAGAUGUCACCGCCUAUGUGAAUCGCUUGACUUUUGCCCAAUGUACGUUCUUAUUGAGCGUUUAUUGGGUGGAGAUUUUGCGAAUUCAGAAUUCACCUGAGCCGAGCUUGGUGCCGAUUAUUACCGAAUACUUGUCGGAUUCAGCGUUACAGAAAGACAAGUCCGGGAUGUGGGUUUGUGUGUCGGCUGUUGGCGAGCGCGUUUUUGAAAAAUUCCUCGAAGUUAUGAAAAAUAAGCCGAAGUAUGAGGCCAGGGAGGCGGAGCUUGAAGGCCACGCCCAGUUUCUUCUCGUACAUUUCAACGAUCCGCACAAACAGAUUCGUCACGUUUCGGAUAAGUUUCUGGUCAGUCUUUUCGAUCGCUUUCCGCACUUGUUGUGGAGUCGGAAGGUGUUGUGGACAAUGCUUGACAUAAUGCAAGUGUUGUCGAAUUCCUUGCAUUUGGAUCCGAAUCAGGAAACGCCCACUUUGCGAAUACCACGAACGCCAUACUCCAUACAGUUGAUGGACACGUUAGAGGCACGCGAGACUAAAGUUAAGCAUUUUGCUGCGAAUUCCGAGCGAAUUAUCAAGGAGGCGUUGAAGUGGGCACCGCAUUGGACGAGGUCGCACAUACAAGAGUAUAUAAUAAAUCAAGGACAGGGGGCGGGGCUUUGGAACCACACUGGUCUGUCAUUGGCGCUUGAAACUAUACUACAGUUCGGACCUUUGAAUAUGUCAAGUGCACCGAUGAGUGUCUCAACGUUGGAGAAGAGACCGAAGUGUGUUAAAAGUGAUUCGUCGAAAUUGAUGGUUUCGACGUCUUUAAGGUGCAAAUAUAUUGGAGAGGUAAUUGGGUUAUCGGCCGUUUAUGGUACCGAAGGUAAAGAAAAAUUGAUUGAAUUUAUAAUGAAACGGGUGUGGACAGCGUGUCAGGAACGGUCCGAUUCUGAACAUCGAGAUGCCUUGUGGCAAGCUACGGCACUCUUGAUUUCCACGACAGAGUUUCACCGGAAUUUGUUGCAUUGCAUUGCGUGGUCGCAAGUCGAGCUUUUCACAGUGGAAGCAAUGCGAACAGCCGUCGAAUGCUGGCAAUGGCUCAUAACAUCACGUCCAGAACUCGAGAUCCGUUUCCUCCAGGAAAUGGUCUCGGCCUGGAACUGCACCGUCCAGAAACGCAUGGGUCUUUUUUCGACCAGCGAACCCAUGACAAGCCCCCUAGCGGCGUACGAAGGCGCCCGACUUGAACCGAACCCCCCAUUCGUAAAACCGCACGGAAUUUGGGUCCAGUUCAUUUGCGAAUUGAUCGACAACGUCAAAUACAGCAGUUACGAGAAAGUCGAAAUGUUGGCAAGCUUGAUCCAUCGCUCGUUGGCAAUGUGCGUGGGGGCCGACCCCCCAUGCCAAACCCGCUCCGUUUCAGCGGUCGGUGUCCGCUUCAAGCUACUAACUUGCGGCUUAUCGCUACUCCAAGGCGAUAUUUUGCCGAAAAGUCUGGCGAAAAAUGUGCUCAGAGAGCGCAUUUAUUGCAGCUGUUUGGACUAUUUCUGCAAACCGGUCAUGUGUCCGUCGCAAACACCGACCGAAUUGCGUGAGGAUAUCACGACACUUGUGCGAUUUUGGCAAACGUUACACUCUGAUAAGAAGUAUUUGAAAGCCAGCGAUGUUGGCGAUUUGGACAUUGGUCAGAAUGCACCAAUGAUGGUCGAGAAUAACGAACUGACGAAACCUAACGACUUCAACCGACCAACUUCGGGUUGGAUCAACACCGUACCACUGUCCAGCAGUACCGCCACCUUAAGCAAACGCUCGGCGAAGUCAAAACGCGUCCCGAUGGCCGACAACUUCGUCAAAUGUUAUUUGAAAAAACGCAACCUAAUUAUGGACUUGUUAACGGUCGAGAUUGAAUUUUUGAUCGUUUGGCUCAACCCGACUUCGCGCCAGGAACAGCAAAUCCCAGGCGAGGAAAACAUAGCAUCAUGGAGGGCUAAGACCAUCACCGAGAAACAAUGGCAAGACUACACAAGGCUUGCUUGGGAUAUUUCGCCGGUUUUGGCCACUUAUCUGCCCUCUAGAUUCAAAACAAACGAAGCUAUAAUGAGCGAAAUCAGGCAUCAAGUGCAACAAAACCCAGUCAGUGUGUCGCACGUUCCCGAAGCGUUGCAAUACCUGGCCACCACUAACGCCAUCUUGAGCGACAGCACUAAACUAGUGCACAUGCUGACAUGGGCCCGGGUCUCCCCUAUCACUGCCUUGGCCUACUUCAGUCGACAAUUCCCCCCGCAUCCUAUUACAGCACAGUAUGCUGUGAAAGUGUUGAGUUCGUAUCCGGCCGAUGCGGUUUUGUUUUAUAUUCCGCAGUUGGUGCAAGCGUUACGCCACGAUACGAUGGGGUAUGUGACUGAAUUUAUUAAAUAUGUGGCGAAAAAAUCGCAAAUUGUGGCACAUCAGUUGAUUUGGAAUAUGAAAACUAAUAUGUAUUUGGAUGAGGAUAUGCAGCAUAAGGAUGUUGUCUUGUUUGAUGUUUUGGAUGCGUUGUGUAAUAGUAUUUUGGCUGAGCUGUCGGGGCCAGCGAAACAGUUUUAUGAACGAGAAUUUGAUUUCUUUGAUAAGAUUACGAGCAUUUCGGGGGAGAUACGGCCCUAUCCGAAGGGGCCUGAGCGCAGGAGGGCCUGUCUGGAAGCGUUGAGAAAAAUUAAGGUCCAACCUGGUUGCUACUUGCCCAGCAACCCCGAGGCAAUGGUGGUCGACAUCGACUACAACAGUGGCGUACCGAUGCAAAGCGCCGCCAAAGCCCCAUACUUAGCCCGUUUCAAAGUGUGCCGAUGCGGAAUAAACGAACUCGAAAACAUCGCAAUGGCUGUAUCCGUUAACGAAGUCAGUCAAAAACCAAAUAAAAAACAAAUCGUUCAAUUUAUUUAUUUACAGAACCAUGAACAAAACUUCGGUCCGGAAAUGUGGCAAGCGGCCAUAUUUAAAGUCGGCGAUGACGUCCGGCAAGACAUGUUGGCACUGCAAGUGAUCGGAAUAUUUAAGAAUAUUUUCCAAACGGUCGGUUUGGAUUUAUAUUUGUUUCCCUAUCGGGUCGUAGCCACCGCACCUGGGUGUGGGGUGAUUGAAUGCGUACCAAACGCCAAGUCACGUGACCAGUUAGGGCGGCAGACCGACAUCGGACUGUAUGAAUAUUUUUUGAAAAAAUACGGGGAGGAGAGUUCAAAGGAGUUUCAAAACGCGCGCCGAAAUUUCAUCAUAUCCAUGGCCGCCUACAGCGUUGUUGGCUUUCUUUUACAAAUCAAAGACCGUCACAAUGGCAAUAUUAUGUUGGACACGGACGGUCAUAUAAUCCACAUUGAUUUUGGUUUCAUGUUCGAGUCAUCGCCAGGCGGUAACUUGGGUUUUGAGCCCGAUAUUAAGCUCACCGAUGAGAUGGUUAUGAUAAUGGGGGGCAAAAUGGAAGCAGCCCCCUUUAAAUGGUUUUCGGACCUGUGUGUCCAGGCUUAUUUGGCCGUCAGGCCUUAUCAGGAGUCCAUCAUUUCGCUGGUCUCGCUCAUGUUGGACACGGGGCUGCCCUGCUUUCGGGGGCAGACGAUCAAGUUGUUAAGGGGGCGCUUCCAUCCGGGGGCCACCGAUAAGGAAGCGGCCACUUACAUGCUGCAAAUCAUACGUAACAGUUUCCUGAAUUUCAGGACAAGGACCUAUGACAUGAUCCAAUAUUAUCAGAAUCAGAUUCCUUAUUAACUGGGAGUAGUGGUUUUUGUUCUAGGUUUUAGGAAUUUCUCUGUGAUCUGUGUUAAUAUUUAUUGGAGAUUAUAUUAAUAUAUAACAAGUAUUACAAGUUC